AUGAAGGGCAUAACUGACUUCGCACGGUCCGGGGGUGGCCUAAAUAGUCGGAAGCCGAUGGAUAUCCCCGUGGCACUGCGAGGACACGUGACCUGUCGUAGAAAAUUGGAGCUCUACCGACAGCCCACACUGCUGGGAAACGCGCGCUGCAUGUCGACGAGGUCGGUGCCCCCAGAUGCUGCGGAGGUGGUUGCACAAAAUGCUUGUAUUGAGACUACGUACUACAGCUACAUCUACACACAGAUCGAGAGGCCGAGAGAGAUCGAGAGGCCGAGAGAGAUCGAGAGGCCGAGAGAGAUCGAGAGGCCGAGAGAGAUCGAGAGGCCGAGAGAGAUCGAGAGGCCGAGAGAGAUCGAGAGGCCGAGAGAGAUCGAGAGGCCGAGAGAGAUCGAGAGGCCGAGAGAGAUCGAGAGGCCGAGAGAGAUCGAGAGGCCGAGAGAGAUCGAGAGGCCGAGAGAGAUCGAGAGGCCGAGAGAGAUCGAGAGGCCGAGAGAGAUCGAGAGGCCGAGAGAGAUCGAGAGGCCGAGAGAGAUCGAGAGGCCGAGAGAGAUCGAGAGGCCGAGAGAGAUCGAGAGGCCGAGAGAGAUCGAGAGGCCGAGAGAGAUCGAGAGGCCGAGAGAGAUCGAGAGGCCGAGAGAGAUCGAGAGGCCGAGAGAGAUCGAGAGGCCGAGAGAGAUCGAGAGGCCGAGAGAGAUCGAGAGGCCGAGAGAGAUCGAGAGGCCGAGAGAGAUCGAGAGGCCGAGAGAGAUCGAGAGGCCGAGAGAGAUCGAGAGGCCGAGAGAGAUCGAGAGGCCGAGAGAGAUCGAGAGGCCGAGAGAGAUCGAGAGGCCGAGAGAGAUCGAGAGGCCGAGAGAGAUCGAGAGGCCGAGAGAGAUCGAGAGGCCGAGAGAGAUCGAGAGGCCGAGAGAGAUCGAGAGGCCGAGAGAGAUCGAGAGGCCGAGAGAGAUCGAGAGGCCGAGAGAGAUCGAGAGGCCGAGAGAGAUCGAGAGGCCGAGAGAGAUCGAGAGGCCGAGAGAGAUCGAGAGGCCGAGAGAGAUCGAGAGGCCGAGAGAGAUCGAGAGGCCGAGAGAGAUCGAGAGGCCGAGAGAGAUCGAGAGGCCGAGAGAGAUCGAGAGGCCGAGAGAGAUCGAGAGGCCGAGAGAGAUCGAGAGGCCGAGAGAGAUCGAGAGGCCGAGAGAGAUCGAGAGGCCGAGAGAGAUCGAGAGGCCGAGAGAGAUCGAGAGGCCGAGAGAGAUCGAGAGGCCGAGAGAGAUCGAGAGGCCGAGAGAGAUCGAGAGGCCGAGAGAGAUCGAGAGGCCGAGAGAGAUCGAGAGGCCGAGAGAGAUCGAGAGGCCGAGAGAGAUCGAGAGGCCGAGAGAGAUCGAGAGGCCGAGAGAGAUCGAGAGGCCGAGAGAGAUCGAGAGGCCGAGAGAGAUCGAGAGGCCGAGAGAGAUCGAGAGGCCGAGAGAGAUCGAGAGGCCGAGAGAGAUCGAGAGGCCGAGAGAGAUCGAGAGGCCGAGAGAGAUCGAGAGGCCGAGAGAGAUCGAGAGGCCGAGAGAGAUCGAGAGGCCGAGAGAGAUCGAGAGGCCGAGAGAGAUCGAGAGGCCGAGAGAGAUCGAGAGGCCGAGAGAGAUCGAGAGGCCGAGAGAGAUCGAGAGGCCGAGAGAGAUCGAGAGGCCGAGAGAGAUCGAGAGGCCGAGAGAGAUCGAGAGGCCGAGAGAGAUCGAGAGGCCGAGAGAGAUCGAGAGGCCGAGAGAGAUCGAGAGGCCGAUAGAGAUCGAGAGGCCGAGAGAGAUCGAGAGGCCGAGAGAGAUCGAGAGGCCGAGAGAGAUCGAGAGGCCGAGAGAGAUCGAGAGGCCGAGAGAGAUCGAGAGGCCGAGAGAGAUCGAGAGGCCGAGAGAGAUCGAGAGGUCGAGAGAGAUCGAGAGGUCGAGAGCGAUCGAGAGCGAUCGAGAGGGGUCGAGAGCGAUCGAGAGGGGUCGAGAGAGAGAACAAGGGAAGAUGGAUUAUAAAUGGAAAAAAAUAUUCGAUGGAGUGAUAAAACGUGUGAUCACAACAAGAGGUGUUUCUUCAGGACACGAUACUGACUCGAAAUAA